GGUGCCCAACAAUAAAUCAAAAAUAGUCUCUUUCUCAUUCUCCUCUCUCUAGUCUCUGCUCCUACGCGGAGUCCCCACGUCAACUCCCUUUUCUCUCUCCUCUGCAACUUCACCAUUAAGCUUUCUUCAUCCUUUUAAUCCGCCCUAUCAUUUCCACAUUUCUAUCUCCUCAUCACAGAUCACAACAAUGGCGUCUCAAGAACCUUCUCAUUAUCGACCUUCAUUAUACCCUGAUAUUGAUCAAUCUAACCCCAAUUCCUCCUCCCCUUUUCAUUCUAAUCAAAACCCUAAUCCCAAUUUUCAAUCUUCUUCUUCGUCUCUCUAUCCUACUCUCCAUAUGUCUGACCUCGUUGAUAAUCUCUUUCCCGACGAUUACCGAAACCCUAACCCUAAUUCUGUUCCGGGGACUCCUUCUGCUCCUCCAGAUCUCGAACCCAAACCAGUUGAAGAAACCCUAAUUACUAUUCCUGGUGCUGUUGUCCAUCUAAUUGACAAGAAGUAUAGUGUUGAGCUUGGAAUUGGCGAUUUCUCAAUUAGACGCAUUCGCCAAGGGGUAAACACAGUUGCUAUUUUCGCUUGCGUUUCCGAUGAUGUGCAAUGGCCGCUGAUCAAAGAGGAGGAGAUUGUUAAAGUCGAUGAUUCACAUUAUUUCUUCUCUCUAUCCGAUUCGGGCUCUAAAGAAGGAGAUGAUGUUUUGAACUAUGGAUUGAGCUUUGCUUCCAAGGGACAGGAGAGUUUGUUAAAAGAAAUGGAUGCUAUUUUUGGGAGUUUUGGGAACUUUUCGGUGCAGAGCGUUUCAGAGAAGAGUAAGGGUGAUUUGGCUGGCGUAGGAGUUGCAAGUGAAAUUACACCGGAGGAGUUGAAGUCGGACAAGGGUAAGAGAGUGGCUAUGGAGAGGAGUUGUGGAGCUUAUUGGACCACAUUGGCGCCCAAUGUGGAGGAGUAUAGUGGGUCUGCGGCCAAGUUUAUUGCCGCCGGGUCAGGGCACUUGAUUAAGGGGAUUUUGUGGUGUGGGGAUGUAACCAAUGAUCGGUUAAGGUGGGGGCAUGAGGUGUUGAAGAAAAGACUUGACCCUUCUGAGAAGAAGGAGGUUGAUAAGAAUACUUUGAAGAGGAUCCAAAGGGUGAAGAGAAUGACAAAAAUGACUAAGCAGGUGGCAACUGGAGUGUUGUCUGGGGUUGUCAGAGUUUCUGGAUUUUUCACAAGUUCAGUUGUAAACUCUAAAGCAGGAAAGAAAUUCUUCAGCCUAUUGCCUGGGGAAAUGAUCUUGGCUUCUUUGGAUGGAUUCAAUAGAAUAUGCGAUGCUGUUGAAGUAGCUGGUAAAAAUGUCAUGUCAACAACAUCUACUGUGACUACUGGACUAGUGACACACAAAUAUGGAGAGGAGGCUGGUAAUGCAACACAGGAAGGGCUAGGUGCAGCAGGACAUGCCAUUGGUACAGCUUGGACUGUGUUCAAGAUCCGGAAAGCCUUGAAUCCUAAGAGUGUCGUUAAACCUUCAAGUAUUGCCAAAACUGCUGUUAAAGAAGCUGCUCGUGAAUACAAAUCUCAAAAGAGCUCGAAAUCUAAAUGAUAUCAUUCCCUUGUAUGUAUGAACUGAUUUGUAUACUUGUAGUCUUGUAUGUGACACAGUCCUUGAGCUUUGAAGCUCUGUUUUCCUUGGAAAUUAGUUUGUUUUUGUAGCUUUUUGUUCAUGGUUCGAUCCAUUUUGUAAUAUGACAGAACGUGAUUUUGAAAUUGGUGUUCACUAAUGACUAAUAUAAUUAAUAUUUGAACUUGCUAA